ACCAACUCUCACCUUAUCAAUCAUCUCUCUCUCUCUCUCUCUCUCUCCAAUUAAGGAGAAGCAAUUAAAAUGGGUGCUCUUGAUUAUCUUUCAAACUUUUGCACAGUCACCAGCACAAGAAGCAAGCGUAAAGCAAUGCAGACAGUUGAGAUCAAAGUCAAAAUGGACUGUGAUGGCUGUGAAAGAAGAGUCAAGCAUGCUGUUACCUCUAUGAAAGGUGUAAAAUCUGUGGAGGUGAACCGGAAACAAAGCCGGGUGAUAGUGAGCGGGUAUGUAGAACCGAACAAGGUGUUGAAGCGAGUAAAAAGCACAGGCAAGAAGAGAGCUGAGUUUUGGCCCUACAUUGAUCAACAUCUAGUACGCUAUCCCUACGCCUCUGGAGUAUACGACUGGCGGGCACCAAAAGGCUAUGUCCGGAAUGUGGUUCAAGCUUUUCCGGCGUCUAUAAAUGCACCUGAGGAGAACAUGGUCACCCUCUUCAGUGAUGAUAAUGUCAAUGCUUGUUCCGUAAUGUAGCGGUAACAGUUAUUUCCUGCAUGAAAGCUGAAGUCUUUCUUUUUAAUUAGGCAACGUACUGCUUGAUGGUUGGAGAAUCCCUGUUCCUUAAGGGAGGUGUGUAAUUGAGAUAAGUUAGUUCAUUA